AUGCAUAUUCUGCUUGUUAACGAUGAUGGGCCGCCGUCUCCCGAAACUUCUCCCUUUGUCCUCGCGCUCUCGCAAGCUUUGCAGUCGGCCGGGCAUACGAUUUCAGUCAUCUUACCCAACCAGCAGAGAUCCUGGAUUGGCAAAGCACACAUUAUCGAUACUAUAGUUACAGCCACCCCUUUCUGUCCCACACCAGUCCACCGGCAUGAAAGUAAUGCUGCUCAUGUGCCGCCGGACAAUAUCUGCGGCGAGAAGAGCUGGAUUCUAGCGAACUCCACUCCCGCAGGCUGUGUACAUCUAGGAAUCUAUCACUGUUUCCAAGACCGAGUACCUAUUGACCUAGUUGUUUCCGGUCCCAACCUUGGCCGUAACUCCACGACGGUAUUUUCGCUCUCCAGCGGGACAAUCGGGGCCGCGAUGGAAGCAGCAAUAUGUGGUAAACGAGCUAUCGCCUUGUCGUUCGCCGUCAAAACGGACAACUUUGAUUCCGCCGCUAUUUAUGAGGCAUCGACUCAUUCGGUGCGGUUGAUUGAGCACCUCUACAACAUAUGGGCGGAUGAUGUGGACCUGUACUCCAUCAACGUACCUUUGGAGGUCAGAGUAAGUAUGCAGAAGAUUAUGUAUACAAGUAUCUCUAAGCGCCAAUGGCCUUCUGGGGGUGCUUUCUGUGCUAAAAGCGAGGGACAACGCUCCGUCAAUGGUAGGAAUGAGCACAUGCAAUUUCAGUGGGCGCCACAACUCCAUACCAUACGUGACGCAGCUAAGGGAAAAGGGCCCGGAAACGAUGACUGGGUGAUCGAACAGGGAAUGACCAGUGUCAGCGCCCUUCAAGCAAACUUCAUGCAUUCAUCCAGGAAUGAAGCCGAGAUUAUUUUGCCACGGUCUAAGUAG